CGUAAAUGAUUUUAAGAUUUAGUUAUUGCUAGAUUGAAUUUUAAAAUGGUUUGUUAUAGAGUUAUGUUUGUCAAAGUUUUGCUACUCAUUGUUUUGCUUACUGCGUUUAAAAAAGUAGCUUGUUUAGUCGUGGAUCCUAAUCAACUUACUUACACUUUUGUAACAGAGCAAAUACUAAAAGAUGUACCAAAAUAUUUAACCUCAGUUCCAAAACAAAUUCCUCACAACUUUACAGUAUCUUUUCUUUUUCCGGAGUUAAACUGGAGGGAUGCGUUCAAUGAUACAGAUUCGGAUGAUUUCCAUUGUUUUACUGACAAAAUUAGAAGACGGUUGAAAAAAGUAUACAGUGAUGCAAGUGAAGAAAAUGAGUAUGUAGACGCAACUGCAACAAAUAUGAGAGAUUUUUAUAAAGGAACAUAUACAAUUGCGGAUUUCAUUCUCUUCUUUAACAAGGAAAUGUUAUGGCCCACGUGGAAUAAAACAGUUAUUGCAUCUACUCUAUUUCCUUCUGUAUUAGCUCCUUUAGCUGAUGUUUACAAUUACCCACCAAUUGAUUCUAAAUACAAUCCUUAUGUUAAUUACUCUGGUAAUAAUUUUAAUUGGUUUUCUAUAAUUGAAAAUAUAACUGAUCUGGCUGGUCAAACUAAUACAGUGAUUUAUUAUGGUUUUUACAACAUUACUCCACCGCUUCCUCCAAUUUAUGGCGGGCCAGAUAAAUUUUCGAUUCCCAACAUAGUGUUCUACAGUUUUCUCGGAUUCAAUGGUUUUGUAAUACUUCUCACUCUUUUUUUCUGGUUUAUAAAUGGUAAAAGAGAGUCAUUGCUGUUAAACUAUUGGAUAAAAGGUAGAGACGAUAUGCGAAGAUCAAAUGUUGAAGCCACUCCAGGUGCUAUGUAACUCAUUGUUCAGUUGCGCCACUUACAGUUAUUUAUUAAAGAUUGUAUAUAUAACAGUUAUUUAUUAAAGAUGUAUAUAUAAACACACAC